ACAGCACUGGCCGAGCUCGACCACUGGAGCGGAACUACAGCUGUUGUUUACGAAGCAUGUGACAAACAUGGGAAGGGACCGCGCAAACAGGCCCGUUAACUCAUACAGAUAGGAGUUUAGGUGGAAGAUCGUAAGAUCACAUGACAAACACUACACAAGGUAUUAGAAAUGUGAAGUGUAUGUUUGGAUGAACAAGUGAGAAAUAAAGUGUUUGUUCAGACCCUAUCCAUCUUGCAUUGAGACUCUGUCUAGUUGUAGUUUACCACCCCAGGUGUUGUCGAAGUAUGACGUGAACUCGACUGUAGCUGGAAGGUAUUUUGUAAUAAUACAGCUUUGAAUGUUGACUCGUAAAUCAAAGUAGCACUUAUUAUUACGUUGACAACUAACCAAAGUUUUCGCAAUACCAAUCUAUUCCCUUGUUCUUGAGGAGGAUAGCAGUCUCCUAGCUACAACAUCCCAACUUGUAAGGCCAGUGACGAAUAACGUAUUUUGAACUUCAUUCCAUAUUGAUGUUUAUAUCUAUCAAUCAAAUGUUAAAAAAAAGGGCUUUAUGAAAUACAUCAGCAGUCACAAAGUGCUUUACAGAUACCCAGCCUAAAUCCCCAAAUACUAUUGACCACAGUGUUUUAUCCCUAAUGUGAAGCAUUGUAGAGGUAUCAAAGACACACGACUGGAGAAGACUACCUUUUAACAGUAUUAUCACAAAAGUAUAUAUUAGUCAUCUCCACUGUCUGCCAUAUAAUGGUAGUAUGUUGUCUUAAUGUACGCCCCAAACAUUUCCUUGGAAUGUUUGUUUUUUGAAGGGGGUGGGGGAUAUACUGGUUAGGACAGGUUGGCCAUGAAAGUGGUUUAUAAUCCUCUGCUGUAUCAUUACAGGAUAUUAUAUAUGAUUAUUAUGGUGAGAAUGUUUCUUGUCAGGGUCUCCCCACUGUUUCAGUGCAUAUCUCAGAUUCCUACCCCACCCCCCUCACACCUGUUUUAAGCACCUCUCUGAGACGCCUCCGCCUCCUUAAAGUGCGUCUCUUGCCUGUUCAGGGGGCCUCUGCCACGACUACAACCCAGAUGAAGUCCCUUACUGACAUAUUGCCACCCCUCAGUCCCGCUUUUCCAUUCAUGUAAAAAUAAAAUUUUAAAUAAUAAUUUCUAUAGGUUUACAAAUAGGCCGAAUACUAAUUGUAUGUGUUUUAGAUUGUAGUGACUGUGUUAUCAAAGUAAAGAAGUAAACAAGGCGGCCCCUUGCCACAGCGCCUGUCUGGUUUAUGAAGGUUAGUGAUUCACUGUGCUUUCUCAAUUCCCGGUGGAGAACAUGAUGACAAGGUACCUGUAUUUUCCUUAAAGAUCACAGCGGUACAAUGUUUUUCUGUGAUAUUUGUCUCCCUCAGGGUGAUCAUAAAGUAGCGCAAUGUAAUCUCUGACAGCAAUUUGACAGAAGCUUGCUGUGUGUGUGUGUAUCCUAUGCUCAUUUCUCUCAUGUAGACUCCUUUCUACCAAUGCUCUAGGGCAGUGAUUGGGGACAUUGCCCUGUGUAGGGUGCUGUCUUUCGGAUGGGAGGUUAAACGGAUGUCCUGACUCUCUGUGGUCACUAAAGAGCCCAUGGCACUUAUCGUAAGAGUAAGGGUGUUAACCCCGGUGUUCUGGCUAAAUUCCCCAAAGCAAGGGUAAAAAAGAAACGUAACCUAGAGCCAUAGAAUUUGAAUGUCUGACAGUGCAAACUGUUACUGAUGACAUAUAUGGGUGCUAUGUGGUUAUGUUCGAUGUACUUUUAGCCUGUCUUAAAUAUUUACUUGACCAUCAAAGAAACGCAGGUGUUGUCAUUUCUAGUAACAAGGUGGUAAAGAGCGGUUUUGAUAUCAUUUUUAAGCAGUAUUUACUGAAACAGAAGUCAACCGUACACCCCCAACCAAAUGUUUAAUUUGCCAAGUAACGGACGUUAAAACGAAAAACUCCAUCUGUUUUGUGAGAAGGGGUUACUUUUGCCGUUCAACCAGGUUUCGUCAGGAAAAUAGCUGUUUUGUAUUACCCCCUUUCGAGUCCAACACACCUCUGAACAGAGCUUAAAGGCCCAGUGCAGUCAAAAACACGAUUUUCUUGUGUGUUAUAUAUAUUUUCAUACUAUGAGGUUGCAAUAAUAUGUGAAAAUAAUGAUAAAUCCCUGUUGUUUGAGCUGUUUGAAAAGACUGUCUGAAAUGUCAUGGUGGAAGGGAGUUUUGGCCUUCCAUGGUGACAUCACCAUGCGGCAAAUGAGUUAAUAGACCAAUAAGAAAGAUGGUUCCAACCCUCUCUGCUAAUAACAGCUCAUUUUCCGUUUCCCCCUCCCCGCUAAGAACACUCCCUGACAGUCCUAGCAAAAUUCUUGCUUGAGAAAUUGCUUGCUAAGAAGCUGUUUUUGUUUGUUUUAAAUUAAAAUGGUCAAAAAUAAUCACAGUAAGAGACUUUAUUCUUACCCAGAAAUGAUUUGAUAUUGAGAGAAAAAUGGCUGUAUUCGACCUUUUUGAAAAACUUGGGAAAGUAUUCUGUAUUGGGGAAAGUAUUCUGUAUUGGGAAAUGUAUGAACAAAUUUGACCUACAUGCAUGCGUCAGGUGAUGAGGUUCAUGCCAUACCAUACUGGUAGUGAUAUGACAUAAAGAGGUGGCCUACAAUGUAUUUGUGAGUUAAGAUCUUCUUCUGAGUAUUUCUAACAGGACCAUAUGCUGCUGGAGUGGGGCCAUAACAUCAAGGAACCCUGCCUCCCCAUGCACGUUUUCAGCCCUCAGCGGGUGCCUGGAUGUCACCAUUGUACAGCGCGUUGGAUUUAAUUUCAAGUUUGACUUUAUUACCCUUGUGUACGCACUUAUAAUAGCGCUUAAUGAGCGCUUUAACCAUUUCCACAUAUCAAGAAGAAAAUUAUGGUAGAGGUGCAAGGGGUGGAGUUACUUGGGGUCAAUAGCCAAUGGAAAGCACCCAAAUUAUGAGUGGUGUUGAGUACAGUAUUUAUGAACUGUAUAGUUGUCUGGCUGAGACUAGACUGUGAAGAGAUCCAAGUACAGGGCGCAAGGAUGAUUGUUCAGGUUCUCCUGACGGGGACACUAUGCUGUCUACUGCCAGGUUUGCUGGAUGCUACACCUCUGAAGGCUAGAGCUGUAGGGGAGGUCAGCAUCGACUCUGCCCAGGCUCAUGGCUUCCUGUCUCAGUCACGCUCCAAACGGAACAUCAACCCGGACCCCAAGUGGCACCGCGGCACGCCUGAUUUCCAGUCCUACUACAAAUUCUACAACAGCAUAGGCCAUAUUGAAGGACUGUAUGAGAUUGACAAGAUCAGGAUACUGUAUCAGCAGAUGCGUCACCUAGAGCAGGUCUAUGGGCCAGACGCCUCCAGCUACCAGAAUGCCCUGGGUGUGAUAACCCCUCCACCUACCACCGCAGCUCCUACCACCACCACAGUGCCUCCUACCACUCAGCCCCCUCCUACUACACCAGCACCACUUUCUCUAACUGAGGCUGAUGUCCUUUAUCUGUGUAACCCCAAAGACCCCCUCUGUAAAGCUCACAUCGUUUACCUGCCUGCAGGGGCCAUCCCAGUCCUCUGUGACCCACGCUACAACCCUACCUGCAAACCCCAAACCGGCAAGGUGGUCAUAGCCGCUGCCGGACCUGCGGAGCCAGCUGUUGAAUCACCUCCCCCACCUCCAACCCCUCCUAAGAAGUCUCUCCCACCUCCUUCUCCCAUUGUCAUUAAAGGGAUGGAGUAUGACUGCGACCCUUACUGGGACCCUGACUGCCUGAUCGAUCACCCACCUCGCUCUGUCCAGGUGACUGAGCCACCACCACCCCCUACUUUCCCACCUGUUGUGGUGGCCCCUGUUGAGGAGGAGGAGGAGGAGGAAGAAGAAGAAGAAAUGGCCACCGAGGACACAGUAGCACCUUCUGACCCUUAUGAUUGGGGGCGUGACCUUUUUGACCCUUACCACUAUUCCGACCCAGCACCUGACCCCCAGUAGACAGUUUUUUGUUUUGUUUAUCUAAGUACAAACAUAACACAUUAGUACUGCAAUACAACAGAAGGUAAUUUACCAAAUACCAUAAACCAAAAACCAUAACAAACACAAUUGUACACAAACACAACAAUUUCCCCACAUGUAUGACAUUUCUCAGUUCCAUCAGAGAAUAUUGUUUUGAGUUGUAGAGACAACGGACUUAUAAUUUAUUGUAUUCAACGUGUGUGUCUGUUAUCAAUUAAUAUUAACAAAAAUUAAGUGUCACGUCCCAUUUGAAAUUGUUUGUGGUAAAAGGUCGCCCUCCAGCGGUGAGAACUGAAACUAUAAAUUAAACGAUCUAUCUGGACAGUC